UUCCUUCUUCGAAUUUUUGUUUUGAUGGAUAGACUCGGAAAUACCUCCAGCGGCUCUCCUGGGUGCUCCGCGUUCCCUUGCAGAUCUCCUUGAUACGUUCCCCUCCCGUUGAUACUGUUAUUCUAUCGCUAUUUUAUUUUUAGCUGUUUCCAGACUUUUUUUCCCCCUCCAGAUGUUAGUCCACACCUAUUCCGCCAUGGACCGCCACGAUGGCGUGCCCAGUCACAGCUCUCGGCUGUCCCAGCUGGGCUCGGUCUCGCAGGGACCCUACUCAAGCGCCCCUCCGCUGUCUCACACCCCGUCCUCGGACUUUCAGCCGCCCUACUUCCCGCCGCCCUACCAGCCGCUUCCCUACCACCAAAGCCAGGACCCUUACUCCCAUGUCAAUGACCCCUACUCCCUGAACCCUCUGCACCAGCCCCAGCAGCACCCUUGGGGGCAGAGGCAGAGGCAAGAGGUGGGCUCGGAGACCGGCUCGCUGCUGCCCCAGCCGCGGGCUUCGCUGCCUCAGCUCUCGGGACUGGACCCCAGGCGGGACUACCACUCGGUCAGGCGGCCAGACGUCCUGCUCCACUCGGCUCACCACGGCCUGGACUCCGGCAUGGGCGACGCGCUUUCUCUCCACGGCAUCGGGCACCCGGGGAUGGAGGACGUCCAGUCAGUAGAAGAUGCCAAUAACAGCGGCAUGAACUUGUUGGACCAGUCUGUCAUCAAAAAAGCCCGAUCCUAUGUAUGUUUACUCGGAAGUAAGUCCCAGUGUGUUCAACGGCGCUUACUCCCAGUUCCAGUUCCUCCAAAAUCUGUAACUUCCCUGAUGAUGAACAAAGACGGCUUCCUUGGCGGCAUGUCUGUGAACACAGGCGAAGUAUUUUGUUCAGUACCUGGGCGGCUCUCUUUGCUCAGCUCAACUUCCAAGUACAAAGUAACUGUUGGAGAAGUUCAAAGGCGCCUCUCACCCCCAGAAUGUUUGAAUGCCUCGCUUCUCGGAGGAGUACUUAGAAGAGCCAAAUCGAAAAACGGGGGCAGAUCGUUGCGAGAGAGGCUAGAAAAAAUCGGCUUGAAUUUGCCAGCCGGCCGGCGCAAAGCGGCAAAUGUCACCUUACUCACCUCCCUGGUGGAAGGAGAAGCUGUACAUUUAGCUCGGGAUUUUGGAUACAUCUGUGAAACUGAGUUCCCAGCCAAAGCUGUUUCUGAGUACCUGAACAGACAGCACACAGACCCUACUGAUCUCCACUCCAGGAAGAAUAUGCUGCUUGCCACAAAGCAACUUUGUAAAGAAUUUACGGAUCUCUUGGCCCAGGACAGGACACCCAUUGGCAAUAGCAGGCCCAGCCCCAUUUUGGAACCUGGCAUUCAGAGCUGCUUGACUCACUUCAGCCUCAUCACUCAUGGCUUUGGGUCCCCAGCCAUAUGCGCUGCCCUGACUGCUCUCCAGAACUACCUGACUGAAGCUCUCAAAGGCAUGGACAAGAUGUUCUUGAACAACAACUCUGCUAACAGGCACACUUCUGGGGAAGGACCAGCUUUGCCCGCUUGGCUUAUGAGCUUCUUCAAAGAGGACUAGAACUCCCUACACAUUUCAUCAGGUACAGAGAUGAAAAUCCACAAUUCUGACACUUUUCUUUUCAAAUCAAAGCCAGUUGUUUUGGAAUUCUGCAGGUGUACUUCUUUAAAGAAGCUCAAAGGGAAUAGAUUAAGCAAGGCAAAGGCAACUGAAUGGGCAAUGUCAUAUUGAUAGGCAAAUGCUAAUUUAUCCAAUAUAUAGAAACGUUUUGGGGAGGGCCAAUAAUAUUUGAUGCACAGAAUAACGCAGGUUUGCUAAGUGUCUUUAGAGGAGAAGGACUGAAGGUAAAGAGGAUUCUUGAGCAUUUCCAGUAGCUUUGUUUAAGGAAAUCUCUUUUCCCCAGGUUAUUAAAUGAGUUUUGCAGUUCUUGGUUUAGAAAAACAACAACAUGUCUUGGGAUGUGGGAAAUCAACCAAGUUCCAAGCAUUUGCAGAAAUUUAAGUGCAUUACACUAUAUUUUAUAAAUGAGAUUUUUAAAAAGCUUUUAUUUCCUUGUUUGGAAUACCUACUAAAGUUAUACUUCAGUGAAAGAAGAUGAAUUUCACCUUGCAUGUUAUCAGCUUGGAAAUACCUUGUUGACUUGAUAAUGGCUAUGGUGUUCCAUGCAUUUUGAAAAAUCAUUUCCCUUUUGUCACAACAGCUUAUGUCUAUACAUAAUUUUGACUUAACAUACUGAAUACAUGCUAGGAGAUGAGAAUAGGAGAAACACAUUACCAUGGCUGUAAAUUCCAUUAUUUUUGGUAGAACUUCAUUCUUCUUAAGCGAACAUUUAUGGAUGGGGUCCAUCAGUUUCACAAGGUAGUGUUUUACAUUUGGAAUUCAGUUUUCAAAAGCAAUUUGGCUCCUUGCAGUUUUGAAUUUUAAAAUAUGAAGGGUUAUUUCUCAGAAUGUAAACUUCAGGAGUACAAGAAGUGACCAGUGCCCCAAUUGAAAUGGCUGCACAUGUCUGUUUCACAUGAUGCAGCCAACUGGAGUUCUGUACGGCAUAUACAUACAGUGAAAUAUGCAUGUAUAGUUGCUUGAAACAUGAAGACGUACAUUCUGAAUUCAUCACCUACUGUGUUCCAAACAGUAUCAUGCACAAUGCAACUGCUGAAUUAUGUACACUGUGUUUUAGAACCGGUCCCUAAGAUCUCUUAUUUUCAACCUUUAUAAACCAUAAUGUACUUGAAAUUAAGCCAAUACUUUCCCAUUGGAUAUUUCUGCCUGCAGUGUGAAGUAAACUGUGUGUUGUUAUUUGUAAUCAGACAUAUUCAGGAGGUGAUUAACUUGGAGUACCUGUAUAUUGGAUGUGAUCAAUUAUCUAGGAAGCAAGUUUAAUCAAAAUCAGUAGAACUUCCAAUGGGCCUUGGUCUAAAUCUAAGGAUUUCAGUUCAGCUGUGAGUGGAGCUUUACACACUGAUCCUAAAUGCACACCUGUACGCAUGUGAAUUUGCAAUAUUGCCAAGUUAUGGUGCUGGUCCUCAAGUUGCUAAUUUUAGAAAGUCACUACAACAAAUUAUGCAAGAGAGACUGGGCAUAGAUAGUACUCUACAGCAGUAUUGGAACCCAGACUGUCAUACAAUUCAUGAAAUGAAUAGAUUAAUCAUAUGAGUUUUAGUUGAUUCAUUGAUGAAACGUUGGCCAAAACAAUUGCUAUGAACCAAGAAGCAUAGUUUUGCUUUUAGAUAGUGGACACCAUCUUAUCAGAUGCAUUUUCUCCUAUUUGAGAGAAAAGCAAGAAUUAAGAUGGCGUCUAAUAUGGUGUAUUGUUUUAAUACUUUCCAAAGAAUCAGGACACUUAAACGUUUAAAAUAUUAUUUGAUUAAAUUCAGGUCACCUAGUUGGAACUACUAUCAGUGGGGCUGUUUUAGUCCAGUAACUUCAGGCACAUCCAACCAAAGUUGGUCCCAUUUCGUUUUUGGGAGAUUCAAGCAUAUGUUUAACUUCUUCCUAUUGAAAUCAAUGGGACUAUAAUGUGCUUAACCUCACCCCAAACCUCACCCUAUACUUUUUUGCUUCCUAUAUUUCUGAAAUCUACAUUCUGUCUGUGUCCAUCUCAAAAGAGGGAGGAAGAAAGUAAAUGCACCUUUAUUUGCAGUUGUUACCCUAAAGGGCACUUUUGAGGAGCUGAAGACAGCUGCGAUAGUAAUUUAUGCUUUUCUGUUCUCAUAUUUGUUAGCUCUGACUCAGUACACUAUCUUGGACAAUUUAUAAAUGUAACAAAAUCACCUUUAUGCACCACAAGAAUAAUUUACUAUGUUUCAGUCCAUUGAUCUGAACAUGCCUUGCACAAGAAAGAACCCAAACUUAAUAUCUUUAAAAAGGCCACCUGAAGAAAUAUUUCAGUGACUAAAAAAAUAAAUAAAUCUAGGAUAACUAUUAACACUGAACUGAGGGAAAUAUUGUGGCACAAAAAGCUGAUAAUCUACAAAGUUAAAUCAGGAGAUGUUUUGUCCUAAAUAGGGGGCAAAUAUCUUUCUAGUUUAUACCGCAGACAUGUUCACCCUCCAAACUUAAACUUGCAAACUUUGUGGACAACAAUGCAAGGAACCCUAUUAUACAGAAGUCUUAGCUCUCUUCAAAACUGUAUCUACCAAUUAUAUUUCUUUCUUUUUGAUAAUCAGCAGCCAAUUGUAGUUAAACUGUCCUUAGGAUGUAGGUGCUGAGGAGGCCAUUGUGGUGACCCCUCUGGAUGCUGUUGGACUACAACUCCCAUUAGUCCUGAUCAUUGGCCAUGUAGAGUAAGGCUGGUUGGUUUAGUAGUCUAGCCACACCUGGGAGGCACCAUGUUGGCUGCUCAUUGGUUACAACACAUCACAAGAUGGACACAAAUCUCAGGGUUCUCCUGCCUCCUUUCAUUUGCCAUUUCCCCCCCUAGUUAAAGCACCUGUGUUUACAAAUUCUUCCUUGGCAUUGGCACUAGAAUGGAGCUUAGAAUCCUAAAAGCAUGGAGCAGUGUCCACAUGCUGAUGGAAAACCAUAGGGCUGGGGUUGCCAGCACGGCACAGACGUGCCCUUAAGAAUAGCCAAUGGCACUCACAAAGUCUCUGAGACCCCUCCUCCACUGACUGUCCUCUUUGUCAUGAGAUGGCAUAGCUUAUUUACAGGCAUCCCCAAACUGCGGCCCUCCAGAUGUUUUGGCCUACAGCUCCCAUGAUCCCUAGCUAACAGGCCCAGUGGUCGGGGAAGAUGGGAAUUGUAGUCCAAAACAUCUGGAGGGCCGCAGUUUGGGGAUGCCUGGCUUAUUACCUCCCCCCCCCUGCCACUUGAAAAGCAUACAGAGGAAGGAGGAUGUUGGAAGAGCCUUAGCUUUUUCCUAUUUCUGUUUCAGCUCCAUGUGCUUCUUAAGCCUCAGGUCAACAUGUGAACAAAAAGCCAAGCAACCAAGAAGGCAGGAGGGAAAGGAGAGCCAUCUAGGAGACGGGGGGGGGGGCAGGAAAGCAGAAUAGCCAGAGGGGAUAAAGGGUGCACCACAGGAGCUGGGAGGGAAAAUGCCACAGCAUAAAAGCAUGGACCCUAGGCAUGGAUACUCAUAUUUUUACACCUUUCAGAAUGUGUCCACAGCUGUGUUCUGUGAUUUGGGUGUGUUUGUUGGCAUCCUGUGUAAAAACUGUGAAGAUCUGUGCCUUUGAUGUUUUUGUAGUGCUGGAACGUACUGGAUCUGUAUUUUUUUUUUUAACUGUGUAGUCUACCACUGUAAGCUUUCACUUCUUGACUGUGCUUUUUGUUGGGAGGGGGUAUGCAGGGUAAAUUCAUGGAAAUUCAAGAGGCUCUUUAAAAAUUCUGCUGGAACCAACUUUAACUCCGACCUGGAGAGACUGAGCCAGGGAGGGAAGGAGAGAAGCAGCCACAGAGGAUGUUGCUUGCAGAAUUCCCUCAAAAUCCCCCAUGUGCCUGUGGACCCAAAAAGCUUGGUGAUGCCUGCCCAUAGGGACAUAUACCAAUUCUAAGCAUUGUUCCAUUUAACUCACUACUGUCUACAGCAGCUUUCCCAAAACUGGUGCCCUCCAGCUGUUGUUGAACUAUAAUUCACACCAGUCCUCAUCGUCAGCCAUACUGGCUGGGGCUGGAGAGUGGACUCCCACAUCAUUUGAAGGAUACUAAACCACAGAUGUUAAACCACAGAGUCUAGGGCUUGCUGAUCAGAAGGUCGGCGGUUUGAAUCCCUGCAAUGGGGUGAGCUCCCGUUGCUCGGUCCCAGCUCCUGCCCACCUAGCAGUUCGAAAGCACAUCAAAGUGCAAGUAGAUAAAUAGGCGGGAAGGUGUUUCCGUGUGCUGCUCUGGUUCGCCAGAAGCAGCUUUGUCAUGCUGGCCACAUGACCCGGAAGCUGCCCGUGGACAAACGCCGGCUCCCUCGGCCUAUACAGCGAGGUGAGCGCCGCAACCCCAGAGUCGGACAUGACUGGACCUGAUGGUCAGGGGCCCCUUACCUUUAGGUGUGGCAAUACUGAACUGUAUGGACUGGCAAUCGCCAGGGUUUCAGACAAGAUUCUUUCCCAGCCUGCACUACCAGUGAGCUACAUCUCUUCCCUACACUUUAUGGCCUGGUAGUUUUAUUCCUUAUUUCCCAAGUGUGCACUCAGUUGUUUCUGCUGCUAAAAGCUGAUAAUCUGACUCCUCUUUCUCUAAAGCAGGCACCCCCAAACUGUGGCCCUCCAGAUGUUUUGGCCUACAACUCCCAUGAUCCCUAGCUAACAGGACCAGUGGUCGGGGAAGAUGGGAAUUGUAGUCCAAAACAUCUGGAGGGCCGGAGUUUGGGGAUGCCUGCUCUAAAGGUUAUGUAUGUUGUUUUUCCUCAAAGAAACCAUAUUUAUACAGUUUCAUAGAUACCUUGAGUCUACGUGGAGAGUCUAUAUAGUACCAGAAUUUUAAAGGGUCACAUUAUAUAUACACCCUGGCUAUAAGGCCUUGCUUGCUGUUGCAGCAGCAUUUUAAAGUACCCUAAUGAUCGUCUACAUAGCUGGGGGUAAAUGGCUGCCACCUUAGUCAUUCAUGCAUAAAUUUCAUUGGUCUAAAUGAGAUUUAUUCAUGGAAUGAUAACUCUUGGUACUUUAAAAAGAAAAACACAAAAAACCCCAUGAAGUGAAUUAAACAUCUCAAGUCUCUGCAAACAACAUGGCAUCUAAGCACAGCCUUUACAGUUCCGCUGACCACCUAAAAGGAUUUAUCAUAGCACCACCAAUUCUUGGGUCUUGCUUCCUACAUUUCAAGGGAUGUUGCUAAACCAUUCAUUUGGGUACCUCCAUUAAUUGCAUUUAUGGCAUCUAGUGGUGGUGGAGGAGGAGCAUAAGAAGUUGCCUCUUCCAUUAUCAUCCAGGCAGCUGGAAAAAACCUGAACAUUUUCAUUUUAGAGUGGAGAACCUAACUUUGAUUGCCACCAACGUCCACCAAAACAUGAAGUUCUAGACAGGGAUGCCAACUGAGCAGAAACCUUCAAAAAAAAACACUACUCUGGCCUGCUUGUGAACCCUUAAUAGCCACCUGGUAUGCAGGAGUGAGUAGAAGUGUGAGAAGAUGAAACAUAUUGCUUAUUAAUUCUCACAUAUUAAGUUGCUACUAAAGGCACAAGUACCAGGGCUGGUACAAAAGCUGGCAACCCUAGUCACAGAUAAUGAUUUCUACAAGCAAUGGGAUUAAAAGCUAUGACACACACACACACACACACACACACACACUGUGGGGAUGGCUGGUAGUAGCAGAUAGCCACUGAUAACCUUGCUGAAUUUGUAUACAACCUUUUUAAUGGCAGAGCUCUUGUGCCUGUUGCAUAAUGGAAAUCCAGAAUGUGAAGUUUUCCCUUUGCUGCAGCUGCCUGCUGUGGAUACUUCACCUGCUCAAUUUCUACCUUCCUCUAUCAUUAAUGGGGCUAUUAAAGGAAGGGGUGGGGAGAGCUGACGAUAUAAUCCUCUUAUAAAUUUUCAUGUUUAUUCAGGGCCUGUAGACACCUAUGUUUCUCAUGAAGUGUACCCCUAAGAAACAGGUUUUGCCCCUCACUGGAGAGUCAGAGUUAAUCUCAGUGUCAAAAAUGAUUUUAUUGUUGAGUAACAGGUGAAAUGGCUCUUAGUUUCCAAAACUUGAAAGUGCUGCAUAACUAUUAGCUGUCCAAUCUUAUACAUGUCUACUAAGAAGUAAGUUGCACUGAGCUAAAUGGGACUUGAUUCCCGGUUACGUAUGUAUAGGAUUGCAGCUGAAAAUACCAUGAAUUUCCAACAUCCUUUUUACACUCUCCCCACCACAACUUCUUGUACACAAUUUCCACUUUCCCAUCUUCAUUUCAUUUCCCUCUGACUUCCCUAUUCAUUCCAUCUCCUCUGAAACAUAUGCUAUUUUAGGCUUAUGCUCCAUGCAUUUGACAAAGUGAAAUUUAGCCCAUGAAAGCUCAUGCCAUUAGAAGAAAGUUAGCCUUGCCGCAAGAUCCUUCAUUGUUUUUGCAAUUCAGUAGAGGACACUGUUGCUAUCACUGCUGGGAAAAGUUGUGUUGGUUAGGUUUUUGCCAGUUAUACAACUGUUAAAGGUACAAAGACUCCAUACUAUGGGAAGAACCCUAGUGAUCAAGAUUGCCCUGCUAUCAUAUUGGAAGCAAAUGGAUAAAUUGUGCCUUUUUAAACAAUGAGAAAUAAGGUUGUACUGUUACUUUUCCAUCCAGUCCUAAACACCUUUCAUUUGGGAGGGAUUUGGUUUAAAUAAAAAAUCAUUUCAAGGCUAUGCAUUUAGGAUCAUGGUGUGCUCAUGGACAAUACUGCAAUGAUCCUGAUCUUACUAAUCAAUCUACCUGUUAUAUUAUAUGCAGCCAGCGUGAUUUCUUACCCCCCCCCAAACUUUAAAAAGAGAGAAAGAAAAGGGAAAUCAGUAAUCUUAUGGGGAGGGGGUGAAUAGAAAGGGACUGUUUAACCCUUUGCUCUCGUGACAAUUUUCCAUUCAAAAUUGCCCCACUCAAGUGUCUCUCCAAUGUUAAUUUGGUACUGUAGUAUCCAUUCUUCACUAGGGAAAUAAGUCAGAGAGGUAAUUGCUUGCCCCAAGGCCAGGCACUGAAUCCUGACUGAGAAGGAAGUUGAACUUGCACCUCUCACCUUUUCUGCUUUCCAGCUCAGCCCUUUUCUCCUGCUCUUCUUGGCACCUUCCAUUAAUACAUCUCUCUAGUGCCAUCUUUGCCAAUCUGGUGUUCUCCAGAUGUUUUGAACUACAGAUCUGGGCCACCAUAGCCUGGGGCAGAUGGAAGCCGUAGCCUGAAUCAUCUGGAGGGCACCAGGUUGGUGAAGGGUGCUCUAGGAGGAGAGGCCUUGGAAAUAGUUAUUGGAGAAGCAAAGAACUCUUGAAGGAGAAGUGCAUGUGCCCUUGGCAAUGCCAUUUGCCCAUUUAGGAACAGAAACAAGAACAACCAAGUUCCAGGGUCCAUUAAACUUUCCGUUUUGCUAGAUUAUCCGUUAGGCUGCAGCCUUCUGCUUGCUUUCCCUGGGAGUGAUCUACUUGCAUUUAACUGAGUAGGAUUUACUUCUGGCUAGGCAUGUAUACACUUAGAUUAUUAGUUCACAGAGCACCAGUUCAGGGCUGAGCAUUACCAAUCCUAUGUAGGGUUGCUAAGUGACUUCCUCUCUUAGGAGUGUGCAGGAUUGCAGCUAAACAUCUGAAUAAACACACUUUUAGUUGAUUGCCUAAGGUGCUUUCUUGACUGUUUGGCCAACCUCCACCGCCAGCCUCCCUCUGAGAACAAUGUAGGCCUCCCUAUGUCUCUAAUCAAAUGCAAUUUUUCUCUUCUGAGUCAGGAUGAAAAUAAUUUCUAUUCCUCUUUUUUGGAGGAAGGGAUGUUCUUAAAAACCCGUCUUGUUGAAUCAAUGCAUGUACAUAGUUUGUUUGGGGAUUUAUUAUUUUUCUUUUUCUUUUGAGGCCAUCAGCACUGAAUACCCUUUUCUGAAGGACAGCUCUGAUUAAAUUCAAUCUUCUACUCUUAACGUUUCAAUAUAUGCAAUUAAUGAAUUAAUGUUUUAAUUGCACUGAUGAAUGUUCUUGGCCAUGUUUAUAAAAUAUUCUUUCUCCUGGUUGACGUUUAUUCCAAUAUUAUAUCAUGCUCCUGUGUUGUUGUUUUUUUAAAAAAAGUUUAAAACAAUCAUGUGACUUAGAGAACUGCAGAUGGCUAAAGUCAACCUUCAUAGUGUAACCCUUUGUGUGCCAGCGUGUCUAUCACCACUCUAUUAAGCUCAUUUAUGUGACAGUAAAUCACGUUGCGUUCAAUGGGUUGCAUUGCACGUUCCAGCAAUGAGUUUUAGGAAGCAAGGUUUGAAGCUGAUAUUAUAAGACAGAUAUACUGAAUAUAGGAGUGUGAAAUCUACAGUCUCUCCUUUCUAUGCCAAAAUCGAGUCCUUUAUUUAAAUCAAAGCAAAACCAACAUCUACUCUUCUUGAAUAGUCUUUCCAUAAAAAUGAAAAAAAUGUCAUCGGUUUUAGCGAUUCUCAGAAAAGAAGGGGGGCAAACGCGGAGAGGCAUUCAAUGAUGAGUUUGUAUAUAUUUAUUUAUGCUUAAUUUAACGGGAUUGUGUAAAUAUGGCGAGCAAGUAGUUUUGGGGUUAUUUAUCUGUGACUAUACCUCUGUGAAUGGGUGGGGAAUUUAAACCAAGAAGAAGAAAAACGAUCAAAAAGACAAAAAAAAAGUUUACAAACGCUUGACUCUAGAUAGUACCCAAUCUGAUCUUUUUUCUGUUCUUUAUAGACAAGCUGUUAUGGUAAUGGGUAGAAAUUGGUUUCUUGUCCAGUGAUGACCUGAUUUACAUAAAUAAUAAUACGAAUUUAAAAAAGAGAUUGUUGUGUUUUGUUGUACUUUCCUCUUCAGAUAUUUUUUCCCUUUUAAAAAAAAAACUAUGUUGGUGCUGCUUCAAUUCUGAAGAUGGAUAUAUAUACUUUCCGCAGCCAAGACAAAAUCUUUUCUUUCCCAAUCUGGACUUUGGGAAAUUCAGGACCCGGUUCUACAGUGGAAAGAAAUAAACGUUGCUUCUCAGAAGUGCUGCCCCGUUGACUGUGUCUGAUUCCUCUCCCAAGUCGCCUGCGACCCUCUGCCGCUGCCCCCCGGCUGCCCUCCUCCCGCCUCGCCCCA